UCUUUUCUUAUUUAUUUGGAGGGGUUUGAUCAAGUUGAUCUAUAUACAUAUAUUCCGACGAAACCAUGAGAUUGUUUGAUUUCAUUUUACCAUGUCAAAUUCAAAGAAUGAUCUCUUCGUGGAGACGGCGAAGAGCAGGCCACUGUGCCGGUAAGGAGCAGCCAUGGGGAGAGAACAGAGGCAUGGAGCUGACGAUACCGGGCCAUUUCCGAUGCCCAAUUUCGCUAGACUUGAUGAAAGAUCCGGUCACGUUUUCGACGGGAAUUACGUACGACCGUGAGAGUAUCGAGACGUGGCUCGAUGCCGGGAACCAGACCUGUCCCAUUACAAACCAGGAAUUGAAGAGUCUGGAGCCAAUACCGAAUCAUGCCAUAAGGAAGAUGAUACAAGACUGGUGCGUUGAGAACAGGUCCCAUGGAAUUGAAAGGAUUCCCACGCCUCGGAUUCCCGUGAGUUCGGCGCAGGUUUCAGAACUCCUUCGUAAGAUUACCAUGGCAAGUGAAAGUGAAGACGAAGCUGGGUGCCUGAAGUUGGUGACCAAGCUCAAGGCAUUGGCGAAGGAGAGUGACCGUAACAAGCGGUGCAUUGUGGCCAACACGACAGGCAGUGUUUUGUCGGCUGCAUUUGACACAUUUUCCAAAGUGUCUUUCGACAGAAACGCUACGGUGUUGGAGGAGAUCUUGUCGACUUUAGCAUUACUUUUCCCAUUGGACAGAGAGGCCAAGUCCUUCCUCCAGUCGUCUGCUUCGUUGCAUUGCAUGGCCUGGUUUUUGAAGGGUGCGGAUUUGUCGGGGAGAAAAAAUUCAGUCUUGGCUUUAAAGGAUGUUCUUUCAUCGGAUGAGAGUAGGGUAGAAUCAUUUUCCAAGAUUGAAGGAGCUUUGGAAGCAUUAGUGAAGCUGAUUAAAGAGCCCAUUUGCCGUACUGCAACAAAAGCUUCGUUAAUGGUGAUAUAUCACAUGGUUAGCUGCUCGUUUCCAAAUGAGGCAAUUAUAGAUAGAUUUGUGGAUAUGGGUUUGGUAUCUUUGCUUUUAGAAUUACUUGUUGAUAACGAAAUAAGCAUGUGCGAGAAGGCAGAGGGUGUUCUUGAUGGGAUAUGCAGCAGUGAACGUGGGAGAGAAAAGGCCUACAAUCAUGCUCUGACCAUUCCGGUUUUAGUUAAGAAGAUACUGAGGGUAUCGGAUUUGGCAACCCAGUUCUCGGUGUCCAUCCUUUGGAAGCUGAUCUGCAAGAAUGAAAAGAGGGAAGAGGCAAGUGUUGUUGUUGUUGAAGCACUUCAAGUGGGUGCGUUUCAGAAGCUGCUGUUGCUGUUACAGGUUGGUUGUGCAGAUAGAACAAAGGAGAAGGCCACAGAGUUGUUGAAACUGUUGAAUCUUCACAGGGAUAGGUUGGAGUGUGUUGAGUCUACGGAUUUCAAGGAUCUCAAAAGGCGCUUCUGAAGGACAAGUACCAAUUUUGAAGUAGUUAAUUUAGUGAGAAUACUGGUAAUACGGGCAGCAACCAACUUACACAAUCAAAAUUUGUAUAGGAAUUAAUAUUGGUGGACAGCUCCUGUCCAAACUCAUUUUCUAGUAAAAUGAUUUGUGCAAGUUAGAGCAUACAAAUCAUUUGAAAAAAAAAUGGAAUUCAUUUGACAAAAAAGAAUUUGUAUGCGAUUUGCCCGUCUUAAACCUAUGAGUGACUAAGUCUUGUUUGGUUACGCAAUUCAGAUGAAAUAAGAUGUUUUGUUGAAAGUUGAAUGAAAUAUAGUUAUAAUAUAAUUUCUUACUAUUA